CAUCACGUGAUCACGAGGUGCCUGAGGCGGUCCAGACGACUCAGCGUAGGUCCACAACCAAAUGAACAUGCAUCGCGGCAUCGGUCUUGCUGCUUUUGACAAAGAACAACUAUCACAGCGUUUUGCAGAACUGUCUUCAGAGCUCUCAAAAACUCAGGUCGAUAAUCUACAAUCACAACUAACACAAUUCCGAACUGCCCUUUCGCACUUCGCAACGACGCACAGAGAUUCAAUUCGUAGCGAUCCAGCGUUUCGUCAUGCAUUUCAGCAAAUGUGCUCGUCGAUUGGCGUGGACCCGCUCGCUGGACCAAUGAAGGGUGGCUGGUGGGCAGAAAUCCUUGGGAUGGGUGAUUGGCAGUACGAGCUGGGAGUUCAGAUAGUGGACGUGUGCGUAAGCACAAGGGAGAGGAACGGGGGCGUGAUAGAAAUGGGGGAGCUUGUACGUAUGGUCAGCAAGCUGCGUGGCGUCGAAAGUGGCGUCAUUACAGAGGAAGAUGUUAUAAGAAGCAUCAAGACACUUCAACCGCUCGGCGCUGGAUACGAAGUGCUUGACGUUGGUGAUGGAAAGAAGAUGGUGAGAAGCGUGGUCAAGGAGCUAGAUGCAGAUCAGGCAGUAAUUCUUGCGGAAGCACAAGUAGAAGGAGGAUGGAUUGUUGAAGCAAUCCUGGAGAACCGUCGAGGAUGGACGGGAGAACGUGCUCGAGCUGCUCUGGAGAACAUGCUUCUUCGAGACGGCCUUUGUUGGCUGGAUUCUCAAGAUGAGCACUAUGGGCAAGUCUAUUGGAUUCCGUCUGCCAUGCGUUGGGACGAGUAAUUCUGUUGCUCACCAAGUUGACGCGUAUUAUUGACAACUCAUGGCGGUUAUGUUAUGCACGACAACCACUGUGCAAAGAGUGGCGUUUAUGAACACGAUUACCCUUUCCCGAUUUCGGAAUACGGGCGCGCCCAUACAGCUCUAGAAUGCUAACCUGUAUAAUUUGCAAAAGCUCCAAUAAUUGCUAGGCUGCAUACCGGUUCGACUCUUAGACGUUCCUCUUGGGCUCAUUGUGCACUACGGGAUCUUCGCCCCCCCCCUACCAGUAGGUAUGGUACAUUAAUUAUACCUUUCUGGCCAUGCCACGGAUGGUUUCUAGUAUUCAACUGGUGCACUCAGAAUUGGUGAGAUAAUG